AUGUUUCGCCUUGUCGGUUUGGCGGCGACAUUUGCGACGGCAUCGUUGAUUCUCUUCCUCAUUUGGAGUGUCGCCCCUCCUUCGGAUUCAGAAACGGCUUUGGCCUUCCCGAAGGAUCUCGAUGCCCUUCGAGAACUGGCCGAUCUGUGUGAGAACGCUCAUCUUCCAUAUACUGUAUUGCUCUUUGGUUACGCUUAUUUGUACAAACAAGCAUUCGCUAUUCCAGGAUCUUUUUUCUUGAACCUUCUUGCUGGUGCUCUUUUUGGUGUGUAUUUUGGGACUGUCCUUGUUUGCAUUUUAAAUGCUGUUGGUGCCUCAUUUUGCUACAUACUUUCUCUUCUCUUUAUGCGACCUAUUGUCGACCGAUAUUUUCGGCAACGGUUAUUGGCUCUUCGAAGGAAGGUUAUGUUGGAGCAGCACCAGCUGUUCAUGUUUCUGCUCGGUGCUCGUAUUUUGCCUUUCUGUCCUCAUUGGUUGCUGAACAUCUGCUCUCCAUUUGUCGGAAUUUCAUUACCUCUUCAUGCGUCAACAGUGCUCAUAGGUACGUUUCUUUUGUUGGGUUGUUGGACAAUUCUUCAUUGA